AUGCAGCACAACCAUUCUGUUGCUACCUCUGGAAAAGGUUCAUUGUUACAGGCUAUUUUCACGCCAAUAGGAGAGAAGGGAGCAAAGAUUGGUGCUAUCGUGUUCAAUAUGUACACUGUGCCAGCAUUCUUCAUGGUCAUUUUAUCUGUGAUCUGCUGUUUUGUAGUUCAGUUUCUUUUCAAAGAAGAGUAUGCAGGAAUUAUCAAAGAUGAAGAUAAGAACGAUAAUCCAUAUAUGGUGAUACCAAAGUUUGACACUAUUCCUGCACUUAUCUGCAUUUACUUAUGGGUUGUAUCAUGCAUGGUAGCUACCAAUAUUGAAGUGUAA